AGCAGAGGCAGGAGGAGCAGCAUGGCAGAGCUUCAUGUCCGCUCCGUUCUGGUGACCGGGGCCAAUCGAGGGAUUGGCCUGGGACUGGUCAAACAUUUCCUGCAGUUUCGAAACCCUCCCGAGAGGAUCUUUGCAGCCUGCCGGGACCCCAAGGGAGAGAAAGCACAGGAGUUGCAGCAAUUGGCCUCCAAGCACCCCAGCCUGGUCAUCAUCCAACUUGAAGUCACUGACCCCACCAGCAUCCAGGCGGCUGCAGCCAGCGUCACAGAGCACCUGAAGGGCUCUGGGCUCAACCUCCUCAUCAACAAUGCUGGAAUUGUGAAGUGGAAUUCACUUGAUACCGAGACGCGGGAAGAAAUGUCUGCAGUGUAUGACAGCAACACGAUUGGGCCCCUGCUGGUGAGCCAGGCGUUCCUGCCCUUGCUGAAGAAGGCUGCCCAGGGAAGCCCAACUUCUGAACUGAGCUGCAGCAGGGCAGCCAUCAUCAACAUGUCCAGCUCUGCCGGCUCCGUUGAGGAAGUGUAUUUAUGGGAUUUGGGGCAAAUUAUCUCCUAUCGCUGCAGCAAGGCUGCUCUGAACAUGCUCACCAAGUGCCAGUCCUUGGGCUACCGGGAACACGGCAUCCUCUGUGCUGCCCUCCACCCUGGCUGGGUGCAAACGGACAUGGGGACCAGUUCGGGACUUAAGCCCCCAUUGACAAUGGACGUGAGCGUACAAGGGAUGCUGAAGGUGCUCUGCUCGCUGUCUGAGAAGGACACCGGGACUUUCCUGAACUGGGAAGGGAAAGUAGUGCCCUGGUGAAACACCAGCCCUGUGUUGUGCCAGGAUCCGGGCAGCAGGUCCCUCUGUUGCUGCACUGAGCUGCGCCAAUGUCCUCAG